AUGAAGCUUUCGGAUUACAACGAGGCAGUGAAGGCACUGGGCAUCCUGUGGUAUCCGUCUCGAGAUGAAUAUGGAUUCAAGCUAUGGUUUCAAGGAGCACCGUGGCUGAAAGAAGAUGAAUCGGGUUGGAAGCGAAGCCCAGCACCACAGGUUGUCGACGAAGAUUCGUUGGAGGUCAAACCGAUCAAAUCGUUGUGUACACUGACGACGAAAAUAAUCAACUAUGAGGUUGAAAAGCAGCUAAUCGUUAAUUGUUCCAGCUUUUCACUUUUGGUUCGUUCCUUGGCAUGCGUGUACCGUGUGAUCUACAACUUCAAAUCCGUCGUACUCAAGCAAGGCACCAGCGAGCGACACAUUGGAGAGCUGACUUUGGACGAGCUAUAUCAAGCUAAGAUACAUCUGUUGCAAGCUGUGCAGCACGAGGUAUACGGCCAAGAGUUAGAUUUGCUGCGGAAGGAGGGAACCUUGCGUGUGGGCGGCCGUCUACAUAAUUCGGCCCAGCCAUACGAAGUAAAACAUCCAAUCAUCCUUCCACAAAAUCAUCGAGUUACGGAGCUACUAGUGCACGAUCUGCAUUUGCGCAACCUUCACGCAGGAUCGUCUCUUCUGACCGCAAUUGCCCGUCAACAGUAUUGGAUAGUUGGUUGCCAGACGGUAGUUCGGAAAGUAGUGCAGGGAUGUAUGCGAUGUGUGCGACUCAAAGGCAAGACUGCUGGUCAACUCAUGGGAACCCUUCCACCGGCAAGAGUGCUAGCCACAAGAGCCUUUUCACAUGUGGGCAUAGACUAUGCCGGUCCUUUGAAACUGAAGGCAACAUGCAUACGAGGAAUUAAUAUCACCAAGGGGUACAUUGUGGUGUUUGUGUGCCUCUCAACUCGAGCAGUUCAUCUCGAGGUAGCCAACGAUCUCUCGUCGAACACGUUCCUUGGGUCUCUGAAGAGAUUCAUAUCUCGGCGUGGUUGCCCUAUCGAAAUUCGAUCGGACAAUGGCACCAAUUUCAUUGGCGCCGAUCGUAUACUGCAGCAAUUCAUCGAACAGAUUAUGUCAAACAGUAAGGAUGCCAGCCGUUAUCUUUCUAAUUUGGGAAUCAAGUGGGUCUUUAACCCCCCAUCGGCGCCGCACAUGGGCGGUAUUUGGGAGGCUGCGGUACGCAGUGUCAAGAAGCAUCUGGUGGCAGAGUUGGGAGAAGGAGCAAUUACGUUUGAGGAUGUGUCUACAGUGCUGUGCCAGAUUGAAUCAUGCCUCAACUCGCGGCCUUUGUGCCCCUUGCCCAGUGACCCUGACUGCGCCGAGGCACUGACACCUCGUCAUUUUUUGAUCGGGCAGCCUAUGAACCUGGUUCCAGAACCCAACAUGAAGCAUCCGUCUAACCGCCUAGAUCGGUGGCAAGAAAUGCAGAGGCAUACCGUGAAUAUUUGGAACAGAUGGAAGGACGAAUACUUAGCAAGCUUGCAACUGCGUACACCUAGUGAUUUUGCCAAGAUGUCCGCCACCAUCAUCUCCGACGGACAGUACCUUAACUCCAUAGUUCCAGAUGACAAAAGCUCACGAGUGUAG